CAACAGACUAGCAAGGAACAUGCUCCUUUGACUUUCGCGUACGUUAACCAGCCAGAAAGUGAAGAACCCCGGGGCGAAUCUCCACACAUGGAGGACAAUUCCUUUUCUGAUUUCAUUUUGGCUAAUCCCCACCUUUAUAAACUCGAAGUUUCUUGCAAGAACGGCUGCAAUGAACACAACACCGAGUCGAUCUUCCCAACCGAACAAAAUCAUAAUCAGCAAAAACGAAAAGGCUCCACAGAUAGCAUAGUGGUUGCUACUUCGGUUGACGAACCAUGUCAAGUUUGCCAAAAGAAUAAGCGACUGUCCUUGGUCCGAAAGAAUCUAGUCGAAGAUCUGGCUUAUAUUGACCAGAAAUAUUACCCUGACGUUGUUCACUAUGACACACAUGAAGAUAUUACGGAAAACGAAGCGGUACACAUGGACGAUGAUGACCAACAAGUCGAAGAGUGGUCUAAACUUACAAUUGGAGACAUAACUCCAAAAGGACGCAGGCCAAGACGGCUAACAGGAUCUAGGAUGUCAGUAAACCUGUCUGGAAAAUCGCUUGUGAAACUUAGUCCUAGUAUUGGCUUUCUUGACAAUCUCACAAAGUUAAACCUGUCACAUAAUCAUAUGACGAGUCUACCACUAGAAAUCGGCUACUUAAAGAACCUACGAGUCUUGAAUGCUGCACACAACCAGCUUCAAGCACUUCCUGACACAAUUGCUUAUCUUUCAAGACUAAAGGCUAUUAAUGUUGGAUACAACGAACUUGCCUUAAUUCCAUCGUUUAUCGGCCGUCUCUCAAAGAUAGUCGCAAUCAUCGUCAACAACAAUCUACUCACUGAAAUUCCCAAAGAACUCGGCAACCUAAAUGACCUCAUCUCUCUUAAUGUAUCCCAUAACCCUCUGAAAAGUAUUCCUGCCGAAAUCGCGGCCCUUAAAUCACUUCGUAAAUUACAUGCAGAAGGAUGUUCAUUUGUGACAGAAUUUGUUCACAAUCUAGCAUCCAACCCUCCUUCCCUCUUAGAGACCUGCGCCCGGAUUGCUGUGCGAAACGGCCUCCCUGUUCCU